AUGGGAGUUGUAGCGGUUUCCGAAGACACUAGAGAGGCACUUGAGAACUUCGCGGCAAAGCGCGGCGACCUGCAAGUGGACGCAGACAGCGUAAGCGAAGCCGCCCAGGAGCACAUUGCCCAGAUGUUCCAGAUGAUAGCGGCGUGCCACGAAUUCCAACGGGCAUACAACGCACUGGAUUCUUCAAGAUAUGCCCGGACUUUCGUGAUUGAACUGCGCUCAAGUUCAGACAGCCUCACGGAUCUCCGCGCCAAGAUGGAAGAGUACAUGAACAACGGCGCGCGGCUCGGCUGGCUGAUUGACCCUCUGGCAGACCCAAAGCUAGUGUACAUCUACCGGCCACAGGCUCAAGUCGAGGUUCUGGAAGACGCUAACUCGGUUUCAGGCGAGCCAGAACUGCCGGGCUUUACUUUGGACCUGACUCGCAUCUGGGACACCCCAACGUAG